AUAUCGCUAAAAUAGUUAAUCCCUGAUGUUUCUCGACAAUAGUUAGGCGUCAGAAACCGGUAAAUCCUGUGCUCUGAGUACGAUAACCUGUCACUCAGUGGUGUCCGCGCCCCAGCCCACGCCCGGCCCUUGCCUCAGCUGCUGCCGCUGCCUGCCCGCCACGCCGCACCAUGGCCAUGGACAACCGCAGCGGCAUCCUGGGCCUCGUCAGCCCCUCCUACGGCGCCUCCGACCCCGGCAUGAACGUCCCGCUGACCUCCAACCCCGGUCUGUCCCAGCUGUCCCCGUACUUGAACUUUGACCCGAGCUACCUCCAGACAUCACAGCCGGAGUUCAUCGCGUUGGAGGGUCAGCCACAGAAGAGGGGACGAUUUGAACUGGCCUUCUCGCAGAUUGGAGGGUCUUGUCUCAUUGGGGCCGGUCUGGGAGGCGGCCAGGGGCUCUACCGCGGUCUAAUGGAGACAGCGGCAGCGGGUCACACCGGGAAGAUUAGACGGACGCAACUCCUGAACUACAUGAUGAAGCGCGGGUCCGCCAGCGCCAACACCCUCGGCGUGGUAGCCUUCAUGUACUCCGGUCUGGGCUGGCUCAUAUACUACCUCCGGGGCAGCCAUGAAGACCACUACAACACCGCCGCGGCCGCCACCAUGACCGGCAUGCUCUACAAGUCCACGGCGGGCCUCAAGAAGUGCGCUGCGGGGGGUCUGGUAGGCCUAGGCUUGUCUGCGCUAGUGGUUGCCUUCACGUCCAGGGAUAAACUGAAGGACCAGUACGCAGCUCAUAGGUACUAGGAGGAGGAAAGGGAGAAGAGAAGCAAGGGGAGAGGGAGGGAGAGGAAGGAUUGUUGAGGUUUUGAGAUUGAAAAGAAGGGAGAGGGAAGGCAAGGAGGAGGAGAGAAACAAGGAGGGGAAGGAUUGUUAGGUGAAGAAAUUGAGGUUUUGAGAUAGAAAAUGAGGGAGAGAAAGGAGGUAAAAGAUUGUUAGAGGGAAAGAAAUUAAAGGUUUUGAGAUGGGAAAAAGGGAGAGAAAGAAGGGAGGGAGGCGAAGGACAAGAAGGAAGGGGGAGAGGGACGGAAAGGAAGAGAAAGGGAGGUUAGAUAAGGAAAAGAAAAGGAGAGAAACAGAGGAGGAGGGAGAGGAGAGACAGGUACUAGAGAGGAAGAGGAGGAAGAAGGGAGGGAGGGAUUAGCAAAGAAUGAUAUUACGAGAAGUAACAGCGAGGAAGUUCAGAAUGUUCCCAGAUGAAUGUAUAAACUUAUAUUACGGAGGAGGUUCAAGUUUGUAAAUACAGGAAACUACAGUAUAGGCCUGCUGUGUAAGUGUAUAUGCCUACCAGAAUGUGUGUGUGUAUUUUAGGAGUCUGUGUAUGUGUGUGUGAGACUGCCCAAUUAAAUGUGUGUGUGUGUGUUUUAGGAGUCAAGUAUAUAUGAAUGCCAGAAUGUGUGUGUGUGUGUGUGUGUGAGACUGCCCAAGCAAAUGAGUGUGUGUGUUUUAGGAGUCAAGUGUAUGUGUGUGUAUGUGUGUGUGUGUGUGUGUGUGUGGUGAGGUCUCCAAGCAACCCACUCUGCCAGGCCCACGCUGUGUACAUAUACCAACUUAGUUUUUCUCUGGCGACGGAAGGAAAAUGUUAAAUAAAAAUAGCAAAAAGCA